AUGAACGCCAACAUUGACGCGCUCGCGUCGCGCGGCCCGCACUCCAAGUACUCGCUGCCGAAGGAGAACCUCGUCGGGAAGCUCGAGCUGACGCUGGCCGAAAACUACAUGGAAGGCAUUGCUUGCUCGCUCGACUCGAUCGGCUUCAAGGCCUUCCACGAAGCGACCAAGCACGUCAAGGGCGAAUCCAACCCGUACUCGAUCAUGGGGUCGCUCCCGCUGGUCCGCGACCUCCAACGCGCGGGCUUGGACUUGACGCUCACGGGCUUUGGCAAGAGCUCGGUCUACCACGGCGACAAUGAGUACUGCCUCCUCAGCGACAUGGUCGAUGGCAUCCGCAUGCUCGGCCGCUUCAUCCACAACGUCGACAGCGCGUAAACGCCAUCGACGUUGCGUGUCUAUAAAUGCAAAUAAGACGUAGUC